AGCAUUGGUUUGCCUGCACUCCCCCCUGCUCCACCACUGAGAUACUGUUCGUAACGACCCGAGAAUGGCCACAACCACCGCCGCAGCAACUGCCUCACACUUCUUCGGGACCCGCCUCCGCGGCCCGACGCCCAGAACCGGGCGGUUCCAGGCCCGGUUCGGAUUCGGGAAAAAGAAAUCACCGCCACCAGCUAAGGCUCCACCCAAGAAGAAGGCGGCGGACUCAGGGCGGCUCGUGUGGUUCCCGGGAGUGGAGCCGCCGGAGUGGCUGGAUGGGACAAUGGUGGGGGACCGUGGGUUCGACCCGUUGGGGUUGGGUAAGCCGGCGGAGUACCUGCAGUUCGACUACGACGGGCUGGACCAGAACCUAGCCAAGAACGUGGCAGGCGACGUGAUCGGGAUCAGGACAGAGCAGAACGAUGUGAAGCCGACACCAUUCCAGCCGUACAACGAGGUGUUCGGCCUGCAGCGGUUCAGGGAGUGCGAGGUGAUCCACGGCCGCUGGGCUAUGCUCGGCACCCUCGGCGCCAUCGCUGUCGAGGCCCUCACGGGCGUCGCGUGGCAAGACGCUGGAAAGGUGGAACUUGUUGAGGGGUCAUCCUACCUAGGCCAACCCCUCCCCUUCUCCUUGACAACAUUGAUAUGGAUUGAGGUGAUUGUGAUCGGGUACAUCGAGUUCCAGAGGAAUGCGGAGCUCGAUCCCGAGAAGAGGCUGUACCCUGGCGGAUACUUCGACCCACUUGGUCUGGCCUCUGACCCGGAGAAGAAGGAGAACCUCCAGUUGGCUGAGAUCAAGCACUCUCGUCUAGCCAUGAUUGCCUUCCUCAUAUUCGCCAUCGAGGCCGCUUACACAGGGAAGGGGCCUAUCGCCUUCGUCGCCACAUUCAACAAAUGAGACAUGUUUGAUCAACCCGUUGAUCCUUUCGCAUAGUUUUCUAUGCAUGCUUCUAUGUUAAUACAUGGAGUACCAGUCAGCCCUUUGGAGUGACUUUAAUCUGUAUUAAAUGUAUAAGAGAUUAAAGGAGGAGAUUCUUUCUAUGCAUGAUUCCUAUUCCGUUGUAUCUAAUGGAGCUUGGGGAACUUCCCAAUAUCCAUGCAGUUACCUUGGUCACAAACAAUUAUAUGAUGUCAUACAUUAAGAGUCACUCGUAUAACAUUGAGGGUCUGAUGGUCGUUGUGCA